GGUCACUUCUGCAUGUGUCGUUCUGCAACUUAUCGAUCCAGUGUUAUCCAUCCGGGCAGCAAAUGUCUGUGGCGCACAGCAAUGUAGGUGGCUUGUUGCGAAAACAUGGUUGCACAGAGAUCAAGAAGGUGGGGGAGGGCUCAUUCGGCAAGGCUUUGCUUGUCCGUUCUGAGGAUGGACAGAAGCUGAUCUGCAAGAUGGUUGACGUGAGCAAGGCAACCCGAAGAGAAAUGGAGGACGCAGUGAAGGAAGGCAAACUUUUGUCUGAACUGAAGCACCCUUACAUCGUUCGUUACCGUGAGAGCUUCACUGAGAGUGGUUGGCUUUGCAUUUUGAUGGACUACUGCGAAGGAGGAGAUCUUACUGCUCGCAUUUCAGAGGCCAAGCGAAGUCGAAAGCCUUUUCCAGAAGAUCAAAUCUUGCGCUGGUUUGCUCAAGCAAUCUUGGCCCUGAAGUACAUUCAUGAGAAACACGUCCUGCACCGCGACUUGAAGCCUUCAAAUUUCUUCCUCUCCAAGAGUGGGAAUUUGAAGAUGGGCGACUUUGGUAUUGCAAAGGUGCUGGCGUGCACCAUUGCUGUUGCGAAAACGCAGAUUGGGACGCCGUAUUAUCUAAGCCCUGAGCUAUGCCAGGAAAAGCCCUACACCUUUAGCUCGGACAUUUGGGCCAUGGGUUGUAUUCUCUACGAGUUAUGUGCUCUCAGAGUUCCUUUUGAUGCCCCGAAUAUUCCUGGCUUGGUGCAGAAGAUUGUAAAGGCUCCAGUCCCACCAGUGCCAGCCACAUAUUCGGCCUUCCUCAGGGAGCUUGUGAGCCAAAUGCUUAACAGGAAUCCAGAUCGGCGCCCAAACCCGGAAGAGAUCCUGCAGAAGCCACAACUUCAAGGAAUCGUAAGACAAAUGUUGGAUGAAGCGCAGGAGGCCGUCCAGGCUGCGGACGACAGCGGGUUCCGCCGAGUCAACUCAGAGGAUGGAUCUGCCCCAGCUUUGUCUACACCAUCUGCUUCUCCAUCCUUUCCGCCACCGCCUCCCAGUGCCAGUGUGGGAGAGCCCUACAUAGCAAGUGCUGGCAGCUACAAAACAAAUGACUUGGUGGAAUAUUAUUCAGUGUCUCAUGGAGACUGGCUGCCUGCAACGGUGGUGAAGACAGAUCCAGAAGGGCGCAUCAUUGUUGACUUGAAGCCAAAUACGUGGAUCUCCAAAGAGGAUCAAGCCAAGAAGGUUCGAAAGCGAAAAGAAUGUGGUUCAAGAGCAGGCUCGCGUGCUGGCUCCCCUUUGAGGAACCCUUCUGUGGGCGACCGGAAUUGCUUCAGGGGCGUUCCUCCACAGAUGGGGCGAAGCCCGUCCUGGGGAGGAGCAGCUCCUGCAGCGGUUGGGCCUGGCAGCCGGCCUGGCUCGCGGGGAGCUUCCCCGCUUCAACGAAGGAGUCCUGCACUUGCAGCUGGCGCAAUGGCUGGGUUAGGCCAGGGAAGCCAGCCAGGUUCACGAGCAGGUUCACGUGCAGCUUCCCCCAACAGAGCGGCAAGUCCACGGCAAUCGCGGCAAUUUGAAGUGUUUCGCAAGCAUGAUCUUGUUGACUACUGGUCGGUUUCUCAUGGAGAAUGGCUUCCUGCGACGGUUGUCAACACUGACCUGGAAGGGCGUAUUGUCAUCGAUCUUAAGCCCAACACGUGGCUGACGAAGGAGGAUCAAGCCACAAAAGUUCGAAGAAGGAGAGUGGGCACUCCAGGCGGGGGCCCUUCGUCUCACAUGAGACGGGCGCCGUCAGCGGAGCACCUCGGAGCACGAGCUGCUUCUCCUAGGUGUGUGCCAUCUGUUCCGACUCCGGGAAGGGUCUUACCCUUGACGUUUUCUUUUGUUGUGUAUUACGCGUAUUGUUUUCUUCUGGGCUAUUGAAAGUCGGCUCAGGCAAUGUCGCCUAGUUCAAAGCUCAAAGCAAGUUUUCCAAUUGGGAGAGUAGGCAAAGAAAAUAUACAAAUAUGUGCAUCCCUUGCCAGCAUACAAAAGUGUUUGACGUUAUUCUUGGUCACCGCGCAUCUUCAAAUCUGAGAUCGGGCUGCGUCACCAUUUCGUCCGAGCAUCGAUUUACCUUUUCGAGCGCCAAGCCCAAGAAGACGAGAGCCGACGCCGCGAAGAUCAGUGCCGGGAAUACCACCAGCAGGUGGGCCUCCUUUGGGAGACAGUCCGCUGCGGGCUGGGGCAAAUGUAGCUUCUGGCUAUCUCCCAUAGUCCAGCAGCCAUGCUGCAUGGACAAAAUCAAAGCCUUUUAGAGUCUGAACAUCAAAGCAAAGAAUGAAUUCAUGUGUACAGAGAGCAAGUCGUAGCAAGUGGAUAUUCCAUCGAUUCUUCACAUCGUGGAGCUGGAAUUUACGCACGGAUGAGUUUGAGGUUUCAAUUCUCUGACGAUGUGCCUACAAAGGGUUCCUGCCGAAGCAGCUGCCAAAAAUGUUUUUCAAGCAGGUUCUUUGGUUCUGGCUUGAUAGUUUUACUCCUUUCAUGGCUUAUCCAACUGUCGCAGUACAGUGUUGGCAGGCA